ACGAAAAGCACAAAAGAACCUGAUUCUUCUUCUUCUUCUUUCAGAUUAACCAGUCCAAGAAGAAGAGCCCGCCGUGGUUUUCUAGGUAAUAAUCCAACUUUCUAAGUUAGACAUGGAGGCGGUGGAGCCGACGGUGGUGGUGAGCUGCGUGUGCUGCGGCCUGGAGGAGGAGUGCACCGGCGAGUACAUCGGCGGCGUGAGGGCCUACUUCGGGGGCCGGUGGCUGUGCGGGCUGUGCUCCGAGUCCGUCAAGUACGAGGCCGGCUGCAGCAAGCGCACCGCGGCCAUGGGCGUGGAGGAGGCCGUGCGGGCGCACAUGGCCUUCUGCCGCAUGUUCAGGCGCGGCGGCCCCGCGGAGCGCGUGGCCGAGGGCAUGUGCCAGAUGCUUAGGUGCGCCGCGUGCGAGAAGCACCGGGCCACCUCAUCAUCCUCGUCGCGGCGGACAUCGCCGGCGACGGUGGCGUCAGCGUCCGGGCACCGCCGCGCCUCGGUGCCGUCCGCCUGAGUUGAUGUCUGCUUCUUGCGACGAGGUGCAUGCUUCGGACAUACGUCUUCCUCACCACAGCUUAUAUGCUUGUCAUGUGAUAGUAGUAUAUUUUGUUUUGAAUCUAUUCCGGAAACUAUACACAAGUGAUGGAGUACUAUAUGUAGUACGAGGUUAAAGUUCAAUUAAUCUUCACAUGAGGAUCUUGAUCUACCCAACGACCGAGCAGCUCUUCUUGGCGUCUAUCCUUUCGAGGUGUAACAUUCGAUCUGCUUGAAAGUUGUUUCUUCUUCGUUGCGGUUCCCCGUCUGUCGGAAUGAUCUUGCACUUGUUCUUCAGAGAUUUUUUUCUUUGCGCACCGGCUUCAGUUUUCGACCUGGUCGACGAGACGAGGCCAUGGCCCGGCCCGUCGCCUUCGUCGUCUGUUGUUUUCGCUAUCCUCGCCCUCAACACACGUGCAGAAACAUGAGAGGUUGAUACUGCUAGUGCAUGCUCACCCGUGGAGAAUUUUGUUUAGAUAAUGGAAGAAUACUUCUCCCGUGAAGAAUGUUGGCUAGUCACCCGAAGAUUUUUUAUUUUUUUUGCAUGGUAAUACGUGUCUCAUCCAGGAUCCAGGAAUACGUUAGUUGGGAGCCACCCAGCCUCCUCACCGCUCUUGAUUCCUGGCCGUCGGAUGUGUUUCUGAUGCGUUCUUGACCGUGUGAUCUCGCUCGGGAGAGAUCUGGGCCAUUGGAUCAAGCCAGAUCACUGCUACAAUGAAUAGUAGCGUCCAUCUAGUUUUUCUUACUGGUUUUGUUUACUCCAGAAUUACUGUCUUACCUCGCUGACGUGUGGGGUCGAUCCCCGAUGGGCCGCGCUGGUCAGCGACUAUGUCUACAAAGUGGCGUGUGCGGUUCGUCGGCGCCCUCGAGACGAAAAGAUCUACUGCCACCGCCUGAUAUUCCUGUGACCAGCUGAGGGCAUUUGUGAGAUUUCACCUAAACCUGGGCCAAGUGGCUUCUCACCAUUGGUUGCUCCCUCCCCAAUCGGUGAGACAGGUAGGGCUGCGUCUCUCCCUCGCAUCUCUCUCUCGUGUUGACGCCGCCGCCCCCUCCCCUUCUCUUCGUUGCCUUCCCUCGCGCCGCCGCCCUCCGAGAAGCAACACGGCCACUACUGCUCCGCGUCGGGCCGAGCUUGCCACCGCCGCCGCUCUCCGCGUCGAGCUUGCCACCGCCGCCGCUCUCCCCGUCGUGCUCGUCCCUCACCACCGGCCCUCGGGUUGUGGAGGGGCAACAGGCAGCGGUGGAAGAGGAGAUCGACCACCAACCGCUGCCGCCCGUCCUCCUGCUUCGCCAUCAACGGGAGGAGGACCGGAGCGUGUCCUCAAGUUCGUGCUCCUCCGGGAAGAGGGCAAACCGAGAGCCAGGCAACUGUGGGAACAAGGAGAUGAGUUUCGUGGAGACGGUGAGCAGAACGGAGACAAGGAUGGCGACUUGAUGCUCCUUGGAGACGUCCUCUGGAGGUGAUUUUUCUGGGCCUUUUGUUUACUAUAUAUCAAUUGGAUCCGCAUGCAGCUGCUAUUCGUGUUGUUGUUCAGCUAUGUCAUGUUGUUUAGGUUCAUAUAUACACUACUCAAUUAGGUUCAUGAGAUCGUUCACUGUUGGACUGGGUGCCAUGGGAUCUCAGGUUAUGGAAUUUGGGGUGUUUUGGUUGUCUGAUGCUUUUAGUUUCAACUUAACUUUGCUUUAGAAAUGGUCAAUUGGACAUAACAACUGUUUGUAUAUUAGUGAAAUGUACGGAGUGGGGAUCUCUUUGUUAUUGUGGCAGCUGUUGGAUUGGGUGUUAUGGCAUCUGGUGAUCGGAUGCAGUUAGUCUUGGCUUGUUUUUGCUUGAUAAGUGGCUGAUUUGGGUUUGAUGAAUAGUUUUACUAUUGGCAGUAUAUACGGAAUGUGGACCUCUGGGUUGUCAUCUCAGGUUCAGAUGUUUUGGAUGUUUGGCUGAUCUGACGCUGUUAGUUUCGGCUUAUCUUUGCUCCAAAAAUUGGCAGUAUAUAACGCCCUCACCCCUGCUUAUCUCGCCUAACUCAUUCCUUCUUUCUUGCACUCGAGGAUCGUUGGUGCGUGCUCCCCCUGUUACACGGCGCUUAGGAGAAGGAGAGGCAUGGUCUCCACCAAAAAACAGACGAGGAAGAAGUGAGAUGCUGCUAGCCCCAUGGCCUGCUGCAUCUCCAAUCGGCGCUUGCAACAGGAGAACCACAUCCCUGGCCUCUCCAUGCCCCCCCAAGCGCCAACCUGUAGGCUACAACGACAAGGUGAGGCGGGCCCCUACUCAGAAAAAACAGGUUCAGGAGGUGUUUAUCCUAUAUAUGAUUCAGUAACUUGCAUUCUAAUCUCAUUUGUCUUCUUCUCAUUGGGCACGGUGUCUUUAGGUUAUCAAAGGGAAUUGAAUAUGGCUGUUGACAAUUCAGAUUGUGGGCAGCUAAGAGUUUAGAAUUACUCAUGUAAAUUUUUUCUUAUAAAUAAUAUAAUGACGCAGCAGUAGCCCCUCCUAUCUUUUGUCAACAAUGGUGUGAUACUAAGAUUUUCACUGCAGUAGCAUCCGUAUCCAAUGUAACUCGGCUAUAGGUUAUCCAAAGUAAUGAUGUCUAUUACUCUGGUUGAUUUGCGAUAUGGUGUUGUGGAUCCAUGUGCACCUGAGCUUUGCUACUUUCUCUAAUUACCAUGUAAUUUGUACACAUGAGCAUUCCUAUGCCAUUGUCAAGUGCUACUCCAAACACCAUUUACUGCUUUAAAAUAUCUCUCAACUUGGAUAGAGCAUCCUGAAAGGUCAAGAUUUGCUCAACAUGAUUUUUUUUACUAUGAGGAGCCUUACUUCUAGCACUGGGUUUUGAUUGUCUGUUGUUUUGUACAUCUUUUACCUAUAUGAUUUUAAUCUUUAAGAAAGAGCAUAUUCUGGACUCACAACAAAUUGGAUAGAGCAUCGUGCAAGGUCUCUGAUGUGCAGAUGAUAUUUCAGUGCUCGAUGUGCAGCUUAUUUUGUCGACAUCGCGGUUUCAGUUUGCAAUAUUAGACCUACUUGUAUCAAGGGGAAAAUUCUAAUUUCUUUACAGCGGUGUUUGAACAAAAUGGCAUAUUCCGUGGGCUGGAUGAUAGAAGGACAUUUUGUUGAAGCACUCAAGAGGAGUAAUACUAUUGUGAUGCCAACACAUGCGUCUUCGCCGCCGGCCGUAUGCUGCAUCGGCGACUGGCUGCGGCAGCAGAGGAGCGCAUGUUGCCGCCGGCCAUACGCUGCAUAGGUUGCGGCAGCAGAGGACGCAACGCCAUCGAGGGCGCAUGACGCGGAGGCAAGCGGGCAGCUGUCCAUGGGACGUCGCCGUGCUAUAUGCUCUGCUGUGUUCGUGCUCGUGAAGUGUCGAGCUCUCCUUUUGGUUUCAGUUAGGUGCUUUCAGUUCAAUUAGGCUACUGUCAGAUAGAGUGCUUUUAGUUUCAGUUAGUUUAAUAUAUAAAAGGGGACUUUUCUGCAAAUAUUGCUGGGGUGUGGAUGGGACUAUGACCAACGUGGCGUCCAAUGUGGCAAUUGCGGACUCGAUUUGUGUACAAGUGAACCCGCAAAACAUGUUUAGUGACUGGUUUGUCUCAAUUUUCAAGUUUUUUACGAAAUUAUACCCACA